ACAAUGUCAAGCCUGACCGUUCAAGACUACCACAUCGGCUGGAUAUGCGCCCUGGAGGACGAAAUGGCUGCCGCGAUAGCGAUGCUGGAUGAAGAGCACUCGAUAAUUGCAGGACAAGACAAGCAGGAUUACAAUAGCUAUAUGCUGGGAAGAAUACAUCAACAUAACGUGGUGAUCGCGUACAUGCCAGCAGGAGUAAAUGGGGUGGUGUCAGUGGCGAUAGUAGUAAAGAACAUA